GCGCGCUCCUGGUUUCAAGCCCGGACGAACUGCAGCCGGAGCGCUGGAUUACCAAAAGUUCGCCAAAUUGGUUUAGAGGCACCGGGUUUGGGGUCGGAGAGGUUCGGUGUGUUUUCGGGGUAGGGGUGUCGUAGUUGUUCUUAAUUUUUGGUAGUUUUUUUUUUGUUUCAGUUCCACUAUGGAGACUCUCGGAGUUCUCCUUGCGCUGCUGUGCGUCCUGACUGGAGCGCAAACGCAGGUCCAACGACCCAGGUUUGCGGAGUGUCCUGUUGACCUUUUCUUCGUGCUGGAUACAUCAGAGAGUGUUGCCCUCAGGCAGAAACCUCCCAACUUUUACAUCGACCAGAUCAAAGACUUCACCAAGCUCUUCAUAGAUGAACUUAAAGACAUGCGCCACCCAUGUGACCGCUACCUGACGUGGAACUCGGGAGCGCUGCACUACAGUGACGAAGUCGUCCUCGUGCGACAGCUGAGCGAUAUCACCACUGAACGCCAGGCACUGAAGAACGACAUCGACACCAUCAGAUACAUCGGCAAGGGCACACACACCGACUGUGCCAUCAAGAGAGGCCUCGCCGAGCUGCUCGUAGGGGGUUCCCACUACCAUGAGAACAAGUACAUUGUGGUGGUGACCGACGGGCAUCCGAUCACUGGGUACAAGGAGCCAUGCGGAGGCGUGCAGGAGGCUGCCAACGAAGCUAGGCAACACGGGGUUAAAGUGUUUGCUGUGGCCAUCUCACCUGACCAGGAGGACACCAGAUUGUCCGUCAUUGCUACAGACCAUAACUACAGACAAAACUUCACCGCCGCAGACGAAUCCAGAUCCACCAAGAUCGGAACCAUUCGCACCAUCAUCGAUAUGAUCACAAACGAGACAAAGGAUGUGUGUUGCUCUUUCGACUGCAAUGCUCCAGGAGGCCCUAAAGGACCAGACGGAGACCGCGGAUCAAAGGGAGAGACAGGUAGACCAGGAAUGCCAGGAGAGAAAGGAGAUAUUGGAGACAUUGGCAGCAUUGGAGAUCCUGGUCCUGUUGGUUACCGUGGAAUGAAGGGAGACCGCGGUGUCAGAGGCGACAAGGGUGAAAGAGGACACAAAGGCUACAAGGGAGACAAAGGUCAUCGGGGAACUGAUGGAAUCGAUGGACGUAAGGGUGAAGCUGGUUUCCCUGGUCUUCCCGGCUGUAAAGGUGCCCCUGGGUCAGACGGUCUGCAAGGAGAUCCCGGUCCAAAGGGAGACCCCGGUCCUUAUGGACAAAAAGGAGCUAAAGGAGAUUCUGGAAGAGACGGCGAACCAGGAAGGCCCGGAAACUUCGGCCCACUGGGCCCUGCGGGUGACCGGGGCCCUCGUGGAGCCAAUGGGGACAAAGGAGAGCGCGGUGAUGAUGGCGCACCUGGACCGGAUGGAACUCGUGGAGAAAGAGGGCUUGCUGGAGAAAAGGGCGAGCAAGGUUCCCGUGGCAACCGGGGUCCAAGAGGAGAUCCAGGGGAGCCAGGACCCCGUGGAGAGCAGGGGAGGGAGGGUUCAGCCGGGCCCAACGGAGAGCCAGGCGAGGCUGGCAGGGCCGGCUCUCCUGGCUACAGAGGAGAUGAAGGACCACCUGGACCUGAGGGACCCAAAGGACCGAGAGGCAUCAAAGGAGCUCCGGGAGACAGAGGCCAGAUGGGAGAGAGGGGAGAAGAUGGCGCCCCAGGAAAUGGAACAGCUGGUUGCCAUGGUUUCCAGGGUUACCCCGGGCCACGUGGAGACGCCGGUGAGCUGGGUGGCAGGGGAACACCCGGACCCAAAGGAGACGACGGAGAGCCCGGAGAGCCGGGCGCUGAUAACAACCUGCCAGGAAGCCCAGGACCCAAAGGGGCCAAAGGUCACAGAGGACCUGAGGGCCAACCGGGACCAGCUGGGCCUCCUGGACCACCAGGAGCUGAUGAAUGUGAAAUUCUGGAUAUCAUCAUGAAGCUCUGCUCUUGUUGUGAGUGUAAGUGUGGACCUCUGGACCUGGCCUUCAUCGUGGACAGCUCAGAGAGUAUUGGCGCCUCCAACUUCGCCCUUGCCAAAGACUUCAUCAUCACCGUCAUCGACAGACUGAUGAAAGACCAGCAGAUCAAGUUUGGUUUCAAUGAUUCCAGGGUGGGUGUAGUGCAGUACAGCGGUGAGCGGGCCCAAGAAGCCGUCCAACUGGGCGACCCCAACAUCCAGACCCUCACCGAGCUCAAACAGGCUGUGAGAGACCUGCGCUGGCUGGCUGAGGCCACCUACACGGGCGAGGCCCUGAAGUAUUCCCUGGACAACAUGAUCAGCCGCCUGAAGCAGGAAAACAAAGUCGUUCUGGUUCUCACUGACGGACGCUCCGACAUCAGAAGGGACAAAGUUCCCCUCACCACACUGUGUGGAAAAGGCAUCCGGGUGGGAGGUUUAGGGGUGAAGGAUUACUCCGGCCGUGAGCCCAACCAGGAGCAGCUCGGAGACGUGGUGUGUAAGAGUGACCCCAAACCUGGGUUCUCCUUUGUGCUGGAUAACUUCGCCGAGCUCCUGGACGACACCUUCCUGCAGAACCUCACCGCCAGCAUCUGUCAAGAUAAGAAAUGCCCAGACUACAAAUGUCCCAUCACUUUCACCGGCGACACCGACAUCGUGGUGAUGAUGGACAGCUCAGCCAGCGUGGGCCAGAAGAACUUUGACACCAGCAAGACGUUCGUCCGCCGCCUGGCCGAGCGCUUCCUGACCGCCGAGAGGAGGGGACGCGUCGGCGUGCGAAUGGCGGUGGGCCAGUACAGCCGGACCCCGCGCAUGGAGCAGGAGCUGACCUCCAACCUCACCCAGCUGUCCCACCAAAUCCAAGAGGCCGCCUUCCAGAACGACGGCACCGCCGUGACGGAAGCCAUGAGCUUCGCCCUGCAGCGCUUCGAGAGCCGCGGAGACUCGGGGAACAGGAGGAAGAAGCUGGUGCUCUUCUCCGACGGCAGGUCUCAGGGCAUCACCGAGGCCGUGCUGGAGAAGCGCGUUCGCCAGGUGGUGGACGCCGGCGUGGAGCUCUACGUCAUCGCCGUCGGCAGCCAAGUUAGCGAGGUCAACCUGCGCACCCUGGUGAGCAGGGGGCGGCAGGACGACGUCUCCUACGCCCAGCGCCACCUGUUCCGCGUCCCAGACUACCCGUCUCUGCUCCGCGGGGUUUUGCACCAAACCGUCUCCCGCAAGGUGUCCCUGCCCUGAGCCCGGGGCCCCACACAACAGGACCAACACGCUUUAGAUUUUUAGUCCCAUUAUGAAUACUCAGUCUCACUCAUUUACCAUACACUGUGCUCAAGUGCUUUUUUUUUUAAAACAAAAUGUCAGAAAACGACAAACGAUUGUGUUUCAUGCAGACGGGAAGGUCUGUGCAGGAAACGGGUGCAGCUUCGGUCCUGGAGAGCCACUGAUCACGGCCACACCUAAACCUGGUUUGAGCUUCGAACUGCAGAUUUGCUUUUGGGCUGACUUCCACUCAGAUGCUUUACACGCCUGUGCCAUUUUCACUGAGAGUGGAGCCGUCAUCUUUCCAAGUUAAUUUGACUCACUUCAAUGCAAGGCAAAAAAUAAAUAAAUAAAUAAAUAAAUGAAUGUGGGGCAAAGUGUGUGUUGAGAAUGGCUCGUCUCUUGUCUCUCCAGGACCGGAGCUCCCUCAGUUUGAAUGAUGUGUUUAGGGUCUGACGUGGACCCGCUUAUUGUUGCUCUUAGAUCACCAGACCGACAGGGAAACAGGACGUGACAUCAGACAAAACCCAUCAGCACUUCACCUGGCCCUAAUGAGGGCCGAACAGCUGGACCCAGCAUGUGUGAUUGUGUCUGAGUGUGUGUGUGUGUGUGUGUGUGUGUGUGUGUGUGUGUGAACCUCUACUCAUGCGCUUUACACAUGUAUGUGUAAGGAGGCGAUGUUUCAUUUGCAGCCUUGGGGGAUUGUUCAAUAAACAGUUGUUCUGAGGUCACUGGUUCACAUGAUGACAGAGCGCUCAUCUGUGCGCCAGAGCCUCUGUCCAACAGACACACACACACACACACACACACUCACACACAGACACACACACACACUCGGACUUCAUCAGUCAGGCAGGAGAACAUCUGUCGUCGCUGAUGGUCCAGCCUGAUAUAGAAAAGACGCCUAAGGGAACUAUGCUGUGAGCCCCUCACACCCACACACACUUACACACACACAGAAAAUACACACUUUUUUGCUCCUCUCAGUUUUAGUUUCCACACCUUCGGUUUUGUUGUCAGUGGCCCAGAGUCACUGUAGUGUUGUUAUUAUCUGUGGUGCUAUUAGUCUCAGUGUAUCAGCCUCUACCCAUGUUGUUAAAGAAGAUACUUUACCUGAGGAUACACACCCUCAGUAGUGUUGUAAGAGCUCCUUCAAUAAAGGUUGCUACACCCAAA